ACCGUACGCAGCCGAUGGCGGAUCCACAUUGGGAGUCUUUCCACCCCCCCCUUCCUUUUGAUCCAUUAAUCUUGCAUAGUAACGAUCCUGCCAGUGGAAAAGUAGACUCGUCGGUUCUUUCAUCUUUAAUAUUCGCCUCCUCGCCCUUCGUUUCUUUCCUUCCUUUACGUCCAGUUUCUUGGUCUGCAAGCUGGCCUUUGCAGCCCUUUCCCCAGCGACGACGAGGGUGUCGAGUCGGGUUUGCAGCUAACACUCUCUCUCUCGCUCUCGAAUUUUGACUUGCUUUGGUCUGGAAAACCCCCCGGUCCAGCCAGAUUCGACCCUACAUACAUUCCGCACUCGCUCUCUCUCAGUCUGACUGCAGUGUUCGACCCUGCGUCGUUGCGACAACCACGAUCUUCGCCACUUGGUUCUUCAUUCUCGGAAAGCAUGUAUCGAAAUAAUGGUCUAAUAUGGUUGUUGGAUACUGCUAGACGUUAAUACUCGUGGAUAUGGAUUUCAUUCUCUCCUUGACGCAUUUCUGCGAGGUGCAUGGUCCCACCUCGAUCAUCUGCUCGCAGGUCUUGCCAUUCUCCUGCUCGCAAUGCUACCCAGACAGAUCCGAUUUCUCUCCCGACGACACCCCUGCAACUUCUCAUGACACGAUAUCUUCUCAUCUACAGAGCCCCAUUUAUGGCAAGGACUCCAAUUCAUCCAAACUUCCCGGAAAACUUCCCGGCAAAGCCGACUUGGAAAAAAUCGAGGAUCACCCCUACUUCAUCAAGCCGCAGGCCAAUCCAGCAGACGCCCAGCAGAGAUUGAAUCCACUCGGAGGCGCAGAAGGCGAUACCUGCGCAAGCUGUAGCUUGACAUUGCCCGACGAUGUGAGCAAGCAGCUCCCUCCCGGCGCUCCCGGUACGCCUAAGAGCGAUGGUAAAGGGAAAAACGGGAGUCCCGUUUUGCGCUCGAGAGAGGUCGUCUACUCUUGCGGCUCAAGUCACCCCGAAACUGAAGACGGUGCACACGACCCGCAUGGACACGCCUCCUACCCUGAGUCUUUACAUUCCUCCUCAGUUGCAUCCGAUGCCUCUUGCCACACACAUAUUCUCACCUAUCUUUCGCUACGAGGCCCUCCAAACCCAGCAGAUUAUGCUCUUCUCCGACGUUCUUCCAUUCGAACCUUGAGUUGUGAACUCCUCCCGCAAGGUGCUUCCUCCGGUCCCUUAUGCUUUGGCGACUCCUCUGCAGGGUAUACGAUCGCAUUUGUCUUUCGCCUUCCGGACCCGAUGGCACGCGGGAAACGGCGCAGCUACGCAUUGGUUGCCCUGGCCGGCAAAGACACCGGCAGGGCGUUCCGUGCUUGUCCGGUGAUAUGGCGCGCUUUCGGCCGAAUCUCAGCGGGAAUCGUCAAAUCGGCUGAGAAAUAUCAGGAGGAAGAAAAGCGUCGUGAAGAGCAGAAUCGAGGACCCGAUCGAACGAACAAUAGACAGUACACCCCAGUCUCUUCCUUCCUCACCGGCCGCGCCCUUGAUCCAGAUGGUCAGCUUCGCCGCCCUGGCCAGGUGAAGGCAAGGAAUCUCAGCGAGAUUGUGGGCAACCAGUACAUCUUUGCAGAAAUUCACGCAAACUUUGUCGCUCUCUUGCAACAGUUAGGCUCGAUGUUCGGAGCCGACCCCAUUUCCGAAGAACGAUUCGUCUGCAGUACGAUACGUGACGGCGAGGAAACGCGACGGUCUUCGAUCGCGACUGGCAAUAAACCGAAGACGUCGCAGAAAUACGAAGAUAGCGACCUUGGGAUGUCGACACUUGAUAUAUCUUCGGGUCCCAAACCUAUCCCUAUCGCGCCACGCCGAUCAGUUGUUGCAUAACCCACAUUGAUGGUCGCUAUCAAACUCCUUUACAUAACAGAUCACGGUUCCACGUGCAUCUUUACAAUAUCCCAUUAUAACCGAGUGGAUAUUGCUUCAUGAAUGACGGUCAAUGACAAUGACCUGUUUUUGUGCUUUUUCUUUUGUUCUUUCAUUUCUUAGCCUUUGUGACAUUGACGGACGGAUUCGACAUAGACUACGGCGCCUUUUAAGAUGGAAGCGGAGUUUCGGUUUAUUUUGGGCAACAUACCUCUAUCCAGUUUCUUUACUUCUUCUUUCCAAGCGUGGGUGAACAAAUGAUCUAGUUUUGCUCGAUUCCCUUUCAACUUCGAAUACGCACUUUACUACUUAUAUUUUUUAAUAAUAUCAAGGGAGAGGACGAGGCUGGCAAGCACUUGGUUCAUGAUAUGAAUGUCGGUUACGAAAGCGAUGAACGAAACGCUCGCGCGACAUUUGACAUGCUUGUAUGUAUUCUAUCUCAACAGGGCCCUUUCUCUGGGUUUGAAUCAAACACUAUGAUUUAAUCGAGAA